CAAACACUGAUAGAAAAGAAAAUUCACCAGUGAACAACGAAGGAUAGAAGAAAAAAAAGCUUCAGUGAAAGAAAAUGGCGUUGUACCUGGACGAAGAAGAGAUUUGGAAGUGCCCGAAGCAUCCAUCGAAGCGAAGAAGAAGCGGAAUUUGCCAUAUUUGCCUUCGCGACCGUCUCGUAACUCUUUGCCCUGACUGUGCUAACGUGCGCCCCUGUUCCUGCUACGCCACCAGCUCCUCCUCCUCUUCUUCCUCUUCGUCUUCCUUCUCGCGUUUUUCCGGCGCCAGCGACUCCGUCGGCCGCGUCCACAACCUCAUCGAGCGGGAGCCAGGGCUGCGACGCUCGCGCUCCAUGGCGAUUCCGUUUCUCCGAUCGAGGUCGCGGUUCUCCGGCGGCGGCGGAGGAGAUAGGGUUUUGGAUCUCGAUAGCGCGAGGGAGUCGCCGGCGAUGAACGGAAGCCGGUCGGCGAGGUCGUUCUGGUCAAUGUUCAAGUCGCAGAAGAGCAGUAGACACGGCGGCGGUGAGCAGGAGUGGGAAGCGAAGAAGAUAUUGGCAGAGGAACGCGACGGCGACGGGAGCAUAAAUCCGGUGAUGGCGCGGUCAAGGUCGGUGGCUGUGACGGCGGUAGCGAGGGUUUCUGGCGACGGAGAAUUGAGACCGCGGACGAAGGGGAAAGGGUGGUUCUUUCCGAGCCCGAUGAAGGCUUUCCGGCAAUCCAAGGUCUCUAAAGUGGUUCAAGAACACUCUCCUUUGUAUAGAGUACGAUCUUGAUCCUAGUGCGUUAUGGUUCGGCUGGGAAUGUUGAAUUUGCAAUUUGCAAUUUGGAAUACAAAUACAAUGACAGAAAAGUGUUAUUAUUAAUUGUUUAGCUACUAGUCUAUAUUUAUGUAACUAUGUAUAUGUAUAUCUCAUACGAUUUUGUGAUUUCUAAAUUUUAGUGAAUGUUCGUCGGAGAAUGA